AGCCGCGCUGCGCUCGUCGCACUGUUUCUCAUCAUCCCUCCACCAUGCCGCGCCGAAGAUCAGCACCUGUCGACGUAGAUGCUGAGGAAGCGCUUGGUCUAGCAACCGCGCAGUCUGAGAACGUGUUCCUUUUUGUCCCUAAUCUCAUCGGCUAUGCCCGUAUUAUUCUCGCCGGGUUCUCUUUGCAUUUCAUGAGCUAUCAUCCCAUCUAUUGCACGAUUCUAUACUGUGUCUCGUGUCUUCUUGACGCCGUUGACGGGCAAGCUGCGCGCGCACUUGGGCAAUCGUCAAAGUUUGGGGCUGUUCUUGAUAUGGUCACAGACAGGUGCACCACAUCUUGUUUGCUGUGCUAUCUGUCUGCCGCGUACCCCGAUUUCGCGCUCGGUUUCCAGCUCCUCAUCUCGCUCGACUUCGCAAGCCAUUAUAUGCACAUGUAUAGCUCCUUGGUGACCGGGUCGAGCAGCCAUAAAGAUAUCAACGACGACGUCAGUAAAAUUCUGGGAUGGUAUUAUACCAACAAGGUCAACCUCUUCCUGGUUUGUGGAGGGAACGAGGUGUUCUACGUCGCUUUGUACCUCAUGAAGUGGACCUCCAAACCCGCCGGCUUCCCCGUAUGGCCAGAACUGACGUAUGCCGAGCUCCUCGCUCUUGUGACGCUCCCGGUCUGCGUUGUCAAGAACAUCAUCAAUGUUGUACAAUUGUGGAAGGCAUCCAAAAUCCUCGUUGGGGUGGAUAUUGCAGAACGAAAGAAGAAGAGGAAGGCAUGAGGGGUUAUACAUUAUUUUACAUAGAUAUCCAAUAAGUUCUCGACAACGAAUCCUGAUUGAGCACGAAACGGAAGUCACAA